AUGUCCGCCCAACCCAAGAAAUUCGUCCAAUACCACUACGACCCCUCCCUCCCCGCCGCCGCCCUCUUCGUCACUCUCUUCGCCCUCACAACCCUCGCCCACAUCUACCAAUCGCUCUUCCACCGCCGCCGCCGCGCCUACUUCCUGAUCCCCUUCCUAAUCGGCGGCCUCUUCGAAGUAAUCGGCUACAUCGGACGGAUCCAAUCUUCCAACGACCCACAAGUCCGCAGCCCCUUCAUCAUGCAAACCCUCACCAUCCUGCUGGCCCCCGCGCUCUUCGCCGCGAGCAUAUACAUGGUGCUGGGGCGGCUGAUCCUGCUGACGAGCAGCGAGAAGUACGCGCUCGUGCGGCGCACGUGGCUGACGAAGAUCUUCGUCGGGGGCGAUGUGCUGAGUUUCAUAGCGCAGGGGGUCGGCGGCGGGAUGAUAACGAGCAACAAGAAGGACAAAGACGUUGUCGACACUGGGCGCAAGAUCAUCCUGCUGGGGCUGUGGAUCCAGAUCGUGUUCUUCGGCUUCUUCGUGCUCGUCGCCGUGCUGUUUCAGUUCCGGGGGCGCGCACACUUUCGCAAGAUACCGGCAGAGGUGUCAUGGACGAAGCAUCUUUAUGUGCUUUACGUUACUUCGAUUCUUAUUCUUAUUCGGUCUAUCUUUCGGGUUGUUGAGUAUACGCAGGGGAUUGAUGGGUAUUUGUAUAGUCAUGAGGUGUUUCUGUAUAUCUUCGACGCCACGCUCAUGUUUAUCGCGAUGUUGGUUAUGAAUGUGGUGCAUCCGGCGGAUAUUGCGAGGUUACUGAAGGAGAAGGAGGCUUGGGGUGGUGGUGGAGAGAUGCAGAGGCUGGAUGAUGAGGCGAGGGAGCAGAACACGGCGUAUGUGGGGCGAGCAUGA